AUGGCGACUCCUUCCGCUAUUCCGACGAACGCCCUGCGGGACACCGUUGCCCGCGUCCACCGCGUCACUCGUGGAAACCGCAGCCUCUGGUACCAGAUGACCGUCUUGCAACAGCCUGAGCGAGCUCGAGCCUGUGGAUCCGGAAUGAAGGCUAACAGCGACCGCCGACCCGUCGAUCCCCCUCCCGUUGUCGAAUUGCGCAUUAUUGAAGGCCCCAGUGUGGAAGAGGGUAAGGAUAUUACUUUCGACUACAACGCCAACUUCUUCCUCUACGCCAGCUUGGAACAUGCCCGCCCACUUGCCCACGGUCGUGUUCAGACACCUGCCACGAACAACCCGCCCAUUCUAACUGGAGUUCCCGCCUCCGGCAUGGCCUAUCUCGACCGCCCAACCGAGGCUGGCUACUUCAUCUUCCCCGAUCUCUCUGUUCGCCACGAGGGCCGAUACCGCCUAACAUUCAGUCUGUUUGAGACGACCAAGGAGGAGAAGGAUUUCGAUUUGGAGCCUACCGAUGGUGACCUGCCCCCUGGCGUGGAUUGGAGGAUGGAAAUCAAGACGCUGCCCUUCAGCGUCUUCAGCGCCAAGAAGUUCCCCGGUCUCAUGGAGAGCACCCAGCUGAGCAAGACGGUGGCCGACCAGGGCUGCCGUGUCCGAAUUCGACGUGAUGUCCGCAUGAGGAAGCGGGAUGGCAAGUCUGGAGGAGGAUAUGAUCGCCGUGAGGAAGAGUUUUCUCGCCGAAGAACCUCGACUCCGGUCGCAGAGGAUCCUCACAGUCUCCGUGCCCGAUCUCUAAGCAACUCCAGCGAGCAGCGUGUCACAUACCCAGAGCCUCAGCGCAGGCCAUCGGUUGUCGAGCCGUACCCGCCUCCGCCCCCGCCUCCAUCUUACGAACCGAGUUCAGCUGGAUCCCGUCACCUGUCAUUCGGCGACUCCGCUGGCCCCCAAUAUCCUGCUCCUCGUCAGUAUGCGCCUCAACCCAGCACGCCAUUGCCACCCGUGUCCGCCUCCGGCCAUUACACCCCAACGAGCCAGUCGCCCUACCCCAAGCCGGAGCCGCCAUCAACCUACGGAUACCCCAGCCGCAGCCUUCCUCCCGCAUGCCCAUCACCCGCUGCGUCCAUGAAGCAAGACGUCUACGAUCGACGACCAUCCAACGCCUACGUUCCGCCAUCACCCUCGGUCUACUCAACUGACGGUCACUCUCGACGUGAUUCUCAACCCUCGUACCCGCCUACUCCCGUGACAGCACACCCGACCCGGUCUCUGGGCCACAAGCUCCCGCCCCUGAAGAUCUCGUCGCUCAUCUCACCACUCCCGCCAAUUGAGGCACAGACGGAUCCUUUCCCCGAGCCUCCUCUCAUUUCCGUUGGUGGCAAGCGCAAACACGAGUCUGUCUUCACUCAGAACACCAUGUCACUCCACAACGGACAACGCCAGCUUGACCCGCAUUACGGCAAUUAUCGUCGCGGAGUAACUCCUGAGCCUGACCAAGGCCUGUACUCACGAGCAGACGGCAAGAUUGGCGUGGUGACGUUCAACCAAUAUCACUCGUGA